AUGACUUAUCAGCAUACCCUGAACCUUCUCUUUAAUGAGAAAAAUUUGGUCCUCAACUACAAAUGUGACACCUGGAAUAAUCUGGCAGCUGUGAUUGGGGGGCUGGACACUGAAAUCUCUCUCCACAUAGCCACCAUCUUAGGCAUCUACAAGACUCCACAGCUUCAUCCUUUUCUGCGGAGCAUCUCGUUUAACAACAGCGCUGGGGACAAGGUGUCCUUCAAUGAGAACGGUGAAUUGGAAGGUGGAUUUGAUAUUAUCAACUGGGUUACUUUCCCAAAUAAAUCCUUUCUGAGAGUGAAAGUAGGGAAAAUGGACCCCCAAGCUCCUCGAGGCAGCAAGUUCUCCAUUAAUCAGACACUCAUUAAAUGGCACAGCAGAUUUAACCAGGUUGUGCCCCUUGCUUUGUGUAAUGACAACUGCCUCUCAGGUCACAGCAGACAAAUGAAGGAAGGAGAGCCUUUCUGUUGCUAUGAUUGUUCACCAUGUCCAGAAGGGAAGAUUUCAGACAAGGAGGAUAUGGAUAGCUGUUUCCAAUGCCCAGAUGAUCAGUAUCCAAAUGAAGAUAAAAAUGGAUGUUAUCCCAAGAUUAUAAGCUUCUUGUCUUAUGAUGAACCUCUGGGAACCAGUUUGGCUGCUUUAGCUCUGUCUCUUUCUCUGACCACAAUGGUUGUGCUUGGGAUCUUCAUUAAGUACAAGAAUACACCCAUUGUCCAAGCCAACAACCGGAACCUUACUUAUUCUCUGCUCAUCUCCCUCCUGCUCUGCUUUCUCUGUUCCUUGCUAUUCAUUGGCUGGCCAGUGUCUGUGACCUGCCAGUUACGUCAAACUGCUUUUGGAAUUGUCUUCACGGUGGCUGUUUCUUCUGUGCUGGCUAAAACCAUCACAGUCAUUUGGGCUUUCAUGGCCACUAAGCCAGGAUCCAAGAUGAGGAAAUGGUUGGGGAAACAGUUUGCAAGCUCUGUUGUUUUCCUCUGUUCAUCUAUUCAAGCAAGUCUUUGUGUGGCAUGGCUUUGUACUGACCCUCCAUUCCCUGAUGUUGAUAUGCACUCUGCACUUGAAGAAAUCCUUGUGGAAUGUAAUGAAGGCUCUACCAACAUGUUCUUCUAUAUUCUGGGGUAUAUGGGAUUUUUGGCUCUUGUUAGUCUUGUUGUGGCUUACUUUGCUAGAAAGCUGCCUGACACUUUCAAUGAAGCCAAAUUUAUCACUUUCAGCAUGCUUCUGUUUUGCAGUGUGUGGGUGUCCUUUGUUCCAACUUAUCUGAGUACCAAAGGAAAACACAUGGUUGCUGUGGAGAUCUUCUCCAUCUUGGUCUCCAGUGCUGGCUUAUUGGGCUGCAUCUUCUCCCCCAAAUGCUAUAUCAUGAUAUUGAGACCGGAGCUGAACAACAGGGAACAGCUAAUAAAGAGAAAGUAA